GAGGGAGGGGAGGGCGAGGCAUUUGCUGCUACGUCACAGAUAGCCUGAGGGUAACUCGCUACCAGACAGUCGAGGUUAGCGUUCCCAGCAGCUUCGGCUGGUCUCGCACAGGGAGAGACCCCGGUCGGACAAUGAAGUGACGGCGAUCCAGUAUCUCGCAGGAAUUUUCAGUUUUGUUUACACCUCGUAACGAAUUUGAUCGUUUGAAUCGAGUGACAAGAUGUUAGGGUUAUUUUCGCAACUGAGUGCCUGGGUGAAGCGCCAGGAACACGUGACCGACAAUGCCAUCUUCAGGAUGGAGUACAUGUUCACGACGGUGAUGCUACUCACCUUUUCGCUGAUCAUCACGGCCACGCAAUUCCUGGGUAACCCCAUCGAGUGCAUCAACGAUGGUGAUGUCCCCAUCAACGUCAUCAACACCUACUGCUGGAUCUCGACCACGUUCACCAUGCCCGAUGCUCAUGCAAGGCAGGUCGGGAUCGAAGUUCCUGCACCCGGUCUGAUCAACGGCAUCGACGAGGACUCGAAGCGGUACUACACCUACUACCAGUGGGUGGUGUUCGUGCUCUUCCUGCAGGCCAUCCUCUGCUACAUCCCGAAAUGGCUGUGGGACAUGUGGGAGGGGAGCCUCAUGUCCACCCUCAUCCUCGGCCUCAACUACGGCAUGAUGACCGAGGAGGACAAGAACUCCAAGAAGAAGACCCUCAUCGAUUACAUGCUCAGACAUAUCAAG